AUGUCGCUUUUGUACUCAAGCCUACCUUUGGACGGUGUUACGGUAGUCUCUUUAGAGCAAGCCAUCGCAGCGCCCUUUUGUACUCGCCAGCUGGCUGACUUGGGAGCUCGAGUCAUAAAGGUCGAACGUCCUGAAGUUGGCGAUUUCGCAAGGGGUUACGAUACGCGUGUCAAUGGAAUGGCAUCGCACUUUGUAUGGACUAAUCGUUCCAAGGAAAGCCUUGCACUCGACCUGAAAAACCCGUGCGACUUGCAGGCUUUGAAGAAAAUCCUCUUCAAGGCGGAUGUCAUGGUACAAAAUUUGGCACCAGGCGCAGCAGAGAGAUUGGGCCUCUCGCACGAGGAGCUUCAGAAGACGAACCCAGGCAUUAUCGUGUGCGACAUCUCUGGUUAUGGAUCACAUGGGCCAUAUCGUGAUAAGAAAGCCUACGAUUUGUUGGUGCAGAGCGAAGCAGGUAUGCUCGCCGUAACAGGCACUGAGGCAGAGCCAAGCAAAACGGGCAUAUCCAUAGCUGAUAUAGCGGCUGGGAUGUAUGCCUACUCCAAUAUCCUGGCAGCAUUGCUGGAGCGUGGGAAGACUGGAAGAGGCCGUCGAAUUGACAUUUCAAUGCUAGAGAGUAUGGCUGAAUGGAUGAGCUUUCCCAUGUAUUAUGCGUUCGACGGACAACCGGGCCCCAGCCGAGCAGGAGCAUCUCAUGCGACCAUUUAUCCGUAUGGGCCAUUCGAAACAGGCGCCGAUGGAGCUUCCGUUAUGAUGGGCGUGCAAAACGAACGCGAAUGGGCCAUCCUAUGCCGAGAUGUACUGGAAGAUGCGAGUUUGGAAACAAAUGAGCGGUUUGCAAACAACUCACUCAGAAGCCGGAACCGAGCAGAAUUGAAGAAGAUUAUUACGGAUCGUUUCUCUAAGCUUUCUGCAGACGAGGCUAUCGCAAAGUUGGACAAGGCGGGUAUUGCAAAUGCCAACAUGAAUGAUAUGCAAGGCGUAUGGAAGCAUCCCCAGCUUCAAGCGCGGAAUCGUUGGAUCGAAGUAGAAACGCCCAGUGGCGUUGUGCCUGGGCUACUGCCCCCUGGUAUAGACGAUAUCUCACAGGUCAAUGUUGCAGAGGUUCCAGCUGUAGGACAGCACAAUGAGGCGAUAUUUGCCGAAUUUGGUGUCUCUGAAGAAUAG